UUGGAUCGUUCUCCUUAAUUCAGCUUAAACCCGCACACCCAGGCUUUAAUUAAGCAAUCAGUGCCUUUCAGACCGGAUCUGUAUAAAUCCCACAAAGAGCCUCUUAUACCUGUCUUACGGCUCCAGGAUGGAGGGGUUCCUGUCCACGUUCCUCCCCUUCAGCGACUAUGGCGCUCCCCCAGCUCAGGGGGGCAGCUGGGGGAAGGGAGAAGGCCGUUUUCUCAUUCCUCAGGGCCUUAACUACCUGGAGAUCUGCAAGACCAUCUUGUCCCAAGUCAACCCCAGUUUACCUCUACCGCCAUGCGGGAAGGUGAACACCAAAGAGUGCGGCGUGCAGGUGAACGCGAAGGUGGACAAGGCGGUUCAGUGUUCUCUAGGUCCAAAAACGCUGCUCUACGUCGAACAUCCCACCUCCUGCAACAGCCGCAAGACGCAUGACGAGAGCCUCGAUGUGACCAAAGCGGAGGGGAAGGCGUUGUUAGGCACGCCGCCUAUGAGCAGCCUGCGCUUCCUCAGACCUGUGUCCAUCUACUCGCCGGUGUUUGACCGCAGGGUGUUCCUGAAGAGUCUCAGCGAUGGCGCUGGACAGGACCCACUGGAAGCUUCUGACCAAGCCAAGUCUGAUGCUGACACGGAUCACAGUGGCGAGAACUUAGAAAACGGCUUCAAGACUGAAAGUCCUCGAUCCUCCAAGAGCCCAAACUUCCAGUUCCUGGAACAGCGAUAUGGCUUUUUCCACUGUAAAAAGUGCAACAUCCGGUGGGAGAGUGCUUAUGUUUGGUGCAUCUCUGGCUCCAGUAAGGUGUACUACAAGCAGCUCUGCCGGAAGUGCCAGGUGGGGUUUAACCCCUACAGAGUGGAGUCUAUAAUCUGUAAGGGCUGCUCUCAGACUUGCUGCAGCUGUGAGAAGAAGCAGAGACACAUCAACAUGAAGAGGCCUCAUCGUAAAGACCUGUGUUGCCGCUGUAAAGGCAUGAGGCUGUCAUGUGAUGCCACGUACAGCUUCAAAUAUAUCGUCUGAGCUAAUUCGAUGGUGGCUGAAUUUCAUUGCAUGGUUAGAGUUUGAGGUUAUGCUCAUGUCUGUCACUGGAAGCCACCCCUUACUUGCCUGCAACAUGCUGAACCUUUGACCAGCUGGCUUAUCUGACAACCUCUCAAAUUGAUAGAGGGUUCACUCUGGGCACUAUGGGCUUUUGUAAAAUGCAAAGUUAAUAAAUUCUAAGUUGCACUUCAGAGAAAUGUGAAUGGUUGGGGGGGGUUGA